AUGGAAUAUAGUUGCUAUUGCUAUGAGAAAUAUUACAAACAUAGAGUUUAUGAUAAUGUUAAAUCUUUUUUAAAAAGAUUAGAAAAAGGUCCAAAUAUACUUAUCACUGAAGAGAAGAAGGAUCUUGAAAAAACUUUAAACGAAGAUGACAACAUAGUAGAAGAAGUAGACCUAAAUAAAACCCAAGAUAUGCAUGUAGCUUUUUUAAAAGCAAUUAACCAA